AAAGCGUACGAAGUUUUCCCGAAGAUAGUAGAAUUACUGUAAAUACGAUCAGUGUUUGUGAUAUUUGUUUGUGUAUUAAGUGAAUAAGAAAAGCAUAUAUUACAGCAGGAACUAUUGAAUAAAUGUGAACUUGCUCCGAUGUCAAAAUGUUCCCGCUACCCCAACUGGACCCAUGUUCCUGCAUUGACCAUUACAACGAGUGCGUGACACAGAAUCCGUUCUUGGCCCAAAGACUCUUUAACCCCUAUUUUCCCCAGUUUUGGCUGCCGUUUCCCAUUAAGAUAACCCAGCCCCGUCCAGAAAAGCCGCCGUAUUCCUACAUUGCCCUUAUUGCAAUGGCUAUAUCGUCGUCACCAAAGCAAAGACUCACCCUUAGUGGAAUUUAUAGGACAGGAUCUACAGAGGAUUGUCGAGCCAAAGAUAAUAAUAAUAAUAUUGAUGUUGAUGAUGAUGAUGAUGAUGAUGUUGAUGAUGAUGAUGAUGGUGAUGAUAAUGAUGAUGAUGAUGAUGAUAAUGCUGAUUUCACCCGUUUGUUGAUUAUUAUCAUAUGUGUUACCAAAAAUUUACAUAUUUCUCAUGAAUAA